GCACCAAGAGGGUUAACGUUAACGUUGUAUUUGCUGCCUGUAAAACACAGGUUAAAUAUUGGAAAAAAGAUGAAUAUCAGCAACCAGACGACAACGCCAUCGACUUUAUUUAACCUCACUGCUUUAUGUUUAAUGACGUCACUUCAGGGCAACAGCUCUGACAACAACACAGUAAAAAACAACGACGUUAACAUAUGGUUCGACUGCAAAAAUAAAAAACUGAACAAUCCGUCUCUGAAACCCUUCUGGGAAUAUGGAGAAUUCAAGGCUGCCAAGUGGUUUAGCAAAAACUCUAAAUUCAUUGUAAUGUGCUUGGGAUAUCCUGGGAAUAUUGCAGCAAUCAUCACCGUUUGCAGAAUGAAACCAUUUACAACCUCCUCUUUGUUUAUGGUCAUGUUAGCGAUCAUGGAUACAGCGACUCUCCUUUCGAAGGAAGUGUAUUAUCGAUUGACGUUUCACGAUGUGCGUUUGUAUGAUUUUGGGUGUCAGACCAUGCUAUUCCUUGGUGCGUUCACCAUGCAAUACGCAAAUUGGAUUCUAGUCUUGAUGACAGCCGAACGGUUCAUUGCUGUGAGAUUCCCAAUGAAGGUACAAAAAAUCUCUACCAAAACAAAAGUGGCUAUCCUGCUUGCAGUUGUAGCAGUCAUUUUGAUUGGCCUUAAUGCCCAUCUUUUUGUAACAAUUUAUGAAAAGCUCUAUACUAGACGCGGAUAUGUCUGCACCGUAAAGCCAGAGCAUGCGUACUUUUAUUUGGUGGAAUGGUAUUGGGUAGAGAACUCAGUGUUCGGCUUUAUCCCGUGUGUUGCUGUAUUCGUCUUGAACAUUAUGAUCAUAGUUUGCAUAAGAAUUUCCAUAAAGAAACAAAAGGAUUUAACCGCUGUUGACCAGAACAAAUCUAAACAACAAAUGCAGAUUACCGUUAUGUUGGUGACCGUGUCGGUGAUUUUUGUGAUUCUAACAAUGUCCAACACCAUCUUUCUUCUUUACUUCGUGUAUAUAGGUUACUAUCAGCACAGGUCAGACCACUAUCACAUUGCUGUGUUGCAGUUGACUAGUCAACUCGUAUUCCUCCUUACUGAUUUCAAUAAUGCCACAAAUUUCUACUUCUAUUUCCUCAGUGGAAGAAGAUUUCGUAAACAUUUUAUUCAAAUGAUCUGUUGUUGUUGCCCGAAGCGAAAGUCUCGUGAAACGACGGAGACAUCUGUUUAUUCUAAAUCCACAAGAUAUUAAACAAAUCUCUACGCAUUCCACUAGAAGAGCAGGAUAUUCCGUAUGCAUCUAUCACUAUGUACAAAUAGUAAGUGAGAAUACCGUAAUGAAUAUUAGAUCGAAGAAAUUCUGUACAUAUUGUUACACAGUUUCGUACUUUAUCAUGUAAACUCAAUCUAGUAGUGAUGAUGUACAUUGGAAAACUACGAACUUUGCCAACGACUGCAGAAAACGUCCUUCAAAUGUCUAACUGAAAUAGAAUUCUCUCUCUCUCUCUCUCUCUCUCUCUCUCCCUCUCUCUCUCUCCCUCCCCCCUCUCUCUCUCUCUCUCUGUUUUUGUGCUAAAGCAAACUGAGAUUGUCGGUAUCGUCAUAUGCUGAAAAGACGUGGCUGUGGAAUGUCUUGUGAUUUUAAUGAACGUAUUCUUUAGCGAAUCUAAGACACGACUUCCUGAAGCCUUGCAUAAAAUUGUAGAUGCCAACAAACAGUAAAUGAUAAAAUCCAUUUUCAUCAAUCGACUAAUUACAGUAGAAACUGCUUUCUCUUAACAACGGUACAAAUCUCAUAGUGCCGACCUUUUCUCUAAAUGGAAUAAAAAAGGCAAUUGACAUGGUGACGUUGAUUUCUGCACAGCGAAAUGUAGCUCAUAACUACUAGAUUAAUUCUAUAUAAUAGUUUGAUAUACGAAACUGUGUAAUAUAAAGAUUUUCAUCGUAUAUGGGUAUAUCAUUUACUAUUAUGUAUAUUUUACGAGGAUGAUCUUAAAAACCCUGCUUAUGUUGUAUUUGUAUUUGUAUUGUCGUAAAAUGCAUGCAUAUCAAAACUCGUUGUUUGUGAUUCAAGAUUUGAAACAAGAAUAAUAAAUGAUAACCU